AGUUGAAAUAGGGCAGAGCAGGAGCCGGAGCGCGGAGAGGAGAACCAGCCGGAGCAGCCGGAGGAAGGAUGGCGAACCGCUGCUGAUAGUUGGGACGCGCAUUCCCCCCCCGCCGCCACUGCUUUCUGAUCCACACAGCCCGCACUUAACCCCCUUUCGAAGCCCGAGGCGCCACACGAGAGGAGUGGAGCUAAGAGGAGCGCAGCUCGGACGCGCUGCCGUGAGGGAAUCGGUGGCACAUCUGCUCGAAUUGCCCCCCCCCCUUUUUUUUUUUUUCUUUUUCCCUUUCUGUCCUCUUGCCUCAGCAUAACACAGGUAGACACUCAUGGGAAGCCUGAGUGUUUGGGCUGUGGCUGUGGCUGUGGCCGCUCUGCUGGGAACGUCAGGGUGCUGGCGGGCUGAAGGGCACAAGGGCAGCAGGCGAGACGGCAUGGAUAGAGCCAGCAUGUCACGUACCUCCUUCUCCUCCCAGGAACAACACUCCAUGGAGAAGGAGAAAGCAGACGGGAACAUCGAUCAAUCCCUUUCCGGCCCGAACGAAGAUCCGUGUCAGAGGACCUACUGCGGACGGGGUAGACAGUGUGUGCUGUUGGCAGAGACCGGACGUGCCGAGUGCGUUUGCCAGGAAAAAUGCCGACCCUCGUUUGUGCCGGUGUGUGGCUCAGACGGCAGGUUCUUCGAGAACCACUGCGAGGUGUACCGCACCGCCUGCCUAGAGAGGAGACGGAUCUAUGUGGUGCAUAGCAAGGACUGCUUCUUCAAAGUCAAUGCGUGCACCAUGUCGGAGUACAACAGGCUGAAGAACAUGCUUCUGGAUAUGCAGCCUAAAGUGCUGAGGGCGGGAGAGCAGAGCCAACAGAGAGACAUGGAUGAGAAGAGAGCAAUGGUGGAUACCAUGUUCAAAUACCUGGAUGUGAACCAGGACGGCCGGCUGGUCAGUGAUGAGCUGGAAAAGAUCUCCAUAAAAGAGCACCUGGAGGACAGCUUGUUGGAGUGCACCAUGCAGGACCUGCUGCGCUAUGACGACUACAACAACGACGGACACCUCAGCCUGCAUGAGUUUUACACAGCUUUCCAGGUUGUCCAGCUGAGCCUGGCGGAGGACCAGCGCAUUAGCGUCUCCACGGUAACAGUGGGCCUCAGUGCCGUCCUUACCUGUGCCAUCCAGGGGACACUGCGCCCACCCAUCAUCUGGAAGAGGAACGGCAUCAUACUAAACUUCUUGGACCUGGAGGAUAUCAACGACUUCGGGGACGAUGGCUCCCUGUACAUCACCAAGGUGACAACCAUCCACAUGGGAAACUACAGUUGCCAUGCCUAUGGCUAUGAAGACGUCUAUCAGACACAUGUGCUGCAGGUGAAUGUCCCUCCAGUGAUCCUGGUCUAUCCAGAGACGCAGGCCCAGGAACCCGGCGUAUCUGCCAGCCUGCACUGCCACGCCGACGGCAUCCCAAAUCCCAAACUCCUCUGGCUGAAGAACGGCAUGGACUUGCAGCCAAGAUCCACCAAACAGCUUUCUCUCAUAGCAAAUGGUAGUGAGCUCUUCAUCGGCAGCGUCCGGUACGAAGACACUGGCGCCUACACAUGCAUCGCCAAGAACGAAGUGGGCGUGGACGAGGAUAUUUCCUCUCUGUUUGUUGAAGACUCAGCCAAGAAGACCCUUGCAAACAUUCUGUGGAGAGAAGAAGGGCUGAGUGUGGGGAACAUGUUCUACGUGUUCUCUGACGAGGGCAUCACCGUUCUGCAGCCCAGUGAAUGUGAGAUACGAAGACACAUGAAGAGGACGGAGAGGAUUGUUGCUACCUACGAGGAGAUGUGCCCUAAAGGUGAGGGGGUGUCUCCUCAGCACUGCGUGUGGUCGUCAGCAGUCAACAUCAGGGAUAAGUACAUCUACGUGACGCAGCCCCUCCAGAGCCGACUGCUGGUCGUCGACAUCCAGGCACAGAAGGUGGUGCAGGCCGUGGCAACAGAUCCUUUUCCAGUGAAGAUGCUCUAUGACAAAUCACAUGACCAGGUGUGGGUCCUAACGUGGGGGGAUAUGGACAGAACCCACCCGACACUUCAGGUGAUUCCUCAAGCCAGUGUGGGAGAAGUACACCGUGCCAUCCGCACAACUUUCCAGAGAGUCAACGACUUCUUUAUUCCUCCAACCAACCUCAUCAUCACUCACGUGAGGUUUGCCUUUGUCUUCCUCAAAAAUGAACCUGCGGUACACAAGAUUGACCUGGAGACCUUCCACCGCGUCAAGACCAUCAGCCUGAAGAACUACAGCUGCAUACCGGUCAACAUGGCCUACACACAUCUGAGCGGCUUCUACUUCAUCCAAUGCCAGAGCAAGAGCCACCUGGUCGCCCCGCCCCAGCUUCUCAUAGACAGCGUGACGGACGCCGUGGUUGGUCCGAACCUAAACGUCACAGGGCAGCCCUUUGUGUCGCCGGAUGGCCGCUACAUUGUGACACCCGACCCGCUGAGCUCAAAGCUGAUGGUUCAGACGGUGUCGUUCCAGGGGGAGCUGGGUCUGAACCUAGAAUUGGACGAGCCUGUAGCCGUCUCUGAUUUGGUCUUCCAGCCCUCCUUCACAGAGUCCAACCAGCAUGUGGUGGUGGCCACUUCAGGCUCAGGCACGGACCUGCUUUUUGCCGAUCUGUCCUCGGGCCACUCCGAGGUUCUCCGGAGCCUGAAGGAGCCCCUGACUGCCCAAGCCUGGCCCUGGGGCGCCCCAAACAGAGUGGUGGUCUCGAGUGGGUUGUUCGGACAGUAUCUGGUGACGCCAUCAGCCGGGUCCCUCUUUGUCCUGAACGGCAAACAGAGAACGCCACAUUGCGAGGUGUCAGACAUCAAGAGGGGGAACACAGUUGUCUGGGUCGGCGAGGUAUGAGUGGAAAAAAAGAGUAAGCAGGGGACGUGGGAAGGGAAGACGUAAGUGAAAAAAGAAAUCAAAUCAGGCCAAAUUACCUAUAGUAAAGAUUUCUAUGAAUAACAAGUUGUGGACUCAACCCUGGGACUGAGCGAGAGGGAAACAUACCUGGGUUUACUGUAACUAAAGUUCACUUCAAAAUAGAGCAAUUGAGAAAACAUUAAGAAACCCUGUUGUGAUAUUUCUAUUGGGAGAAAGUGUCAAUGCCGUUCAGUGCAACAGUGAUCUAUGUGCACUUAACUAUAAAGAAUUGUACAUUAUUGCACUUCCUUCCAUGUUAUCACAGCAAAUAGGUACCUGACGAGGGUUUAUUAACGAACUACGAACUAUGCACAAUGCUCACUUUUUUUAGAGUAAAAAGCUUUCCGAUUCUGUUCAUCUCAACCAUGUUUGUCGUCUUCACCAGUGCUGCAUAUAAUCACCACAAACUGUCUGUCUCGUCUGCCUUUAGUGUACGUGUGAGUCCUUUUAAAAGCUACCAGCCCAUCAGUUUACUCGCCUUCGUCAUGGUAUUGUACCGUAUCCUCCCCUCAAACAUUUCUCCUCAUACCGGCAGAGGCUGGCUUUAUGCACGUGUGAUACCCUCUAUUUAUUUACAUUGUCUAUCCAAAGAGCCCGAUUGGUCCAUUAGCUGUCAACAAUGGAUGUUUCGCUCGCCGUCUCUACCCCGCGGUCUCGUGCAAUGGUAUAAUCUGUCCCACGCUGUCUCUCACAGUUAUUCGGUGCCUGCAGCACAACUCUGUGCUGUGGAGCCUGAAAAUGCCAUUUAGCAGGUUCCCUCAGGGUAAUGACUUCGGUUUAUGCUGACCCACAUGCUGAGGCCGUGCCAAAAUGGCAUCAACUCCGCUAUCCGACUGGCUGUGAGCAUUUGUACAUCCUCCCAGAAAGCUGUGCGUCGAGAUCACACUCCGAAGGCAGGAGAUAUAUACUUAUCCUUUGGUAAUUACUUACAGGUUUGUAGCAGAAAUAAUAUUUUAUUAGGGCAAUAAAACAUUUUGAACUGGGUUUGUCAUUUGUAUUUUACAAAUAUGAUUAAUCUAAAAAACCUAGCGGCCCGUUUCAAAACCUGAGUGGUUUCCUGACAUACUUAAUGUUAAAUUUGUUUAUCAUCCCUACUCAAAUAUUCUAAACCUAUUUUUGUACUUUUGGCAAACCUGGUUUCAGUUUCCAAAUAAACACCAGCAGCUCUCCAUCAAUCAAAAUACCGGAUGUUUUUAAAUGGGUGUCAGUCUUAGGGUAAUGCUUUUUCUUUUUUCAAUUAUGCCCCAUGGCCCUGAAGCUGUCAGUAGUUUUUCCAUUCCUCAUUAUGCAAAUGACAAAGUAAGUCCCACGAUUUUCUUUUUCAUCGCAUCUAGUUUAAACUAGAGAGUUAAGGAAUCUUAUUUCUCAAAAAGCAUUUCUAAUUUUGUCUAGUUUUAGAGAUUAAAUUACUUGUCACAGCCUCUCUGGCUGAGCACAAAACAGCCAGGGGCAAAAUAACAAAACCAAAAAAAAAAUUCCAACACAUCAUCAUCAUCUUGCUGCUAAAUGAAAUCAACUUAAAAGUAGUGGACUACAGACACAGUCACACUGAGGCGCAAUCACAGCUUAAAAGGAGGAAAUUCAUUUUCUUUAUAGAUGUCCCAAGUUGAUCCGAAGCGUCGAUCAAGGCAAGUUUUAAUGAAUCACUAUCGGCUAAAGUAAAGCGUUCUUCAGUGUACAGUUCUAGUCCAGUCCACGCUGUUCUCCUUAAUACAACCAGGCUCUACAGUGCAGCAUUUCACUGCAUGUGAAUGUGAAAAAAAUAUCGAAACAGUGAUUGACUCUGUUCUGACUCUGGCAAAAUUCACAAACCUCCAGCGGUAACAGAUCUGUUACUACUGUACUUCUCCUUUUCUCAUUAGUGAUCCCAUUAGUGUACAGAUUGUUGCUUUCACCGGUUAACAUGACAAAUGUCGCCAGUGGCUGAAUAAAUUAGCUGGAUGACAGGAGAAUAAUAAAAAAAAUUAUAAUAAUAACUUGGCUGUUGGUGUGCUCUCUGCAUGCUGUUGUCUGAACUCAGUAACAAAUGUUUUAUAAUAAUAAUGAUAACAUUUAUUCACAUGGCACUUGUGCAAAACUAUUGCUUGGUGCUACGUUGUUGGACCCAGAAUAAAACAUUUCAGGAGUGAGGCAAAUAAGAUCAGGAAAAUAAAAUAAUACAAUAAUAAAACACAAAAAACUCAAACAAAUGUCCAAAAUGUAUGUCAUACAUUUGUAUGUGAAUUAUUAUAAUUAUUAUUAGAAUAAACAACUCAGAAAUUCUCUGAGUUUAAAGUCACAAAUUCAAAGGAAUAAAACUUAGUGAUAGUGAUUUAGUAUUUUCUCACUUCACUUUUUUUUAACCACAUGGCUUCACUUUGCGUGGUCGCCUCAACCUCAUCACAUCACAGAUGCCCCCGCCCGCUGCGUUAAAUUCUCGAGCUGAAACGUGAUGUGAAAACGAACGAGGGAAGAACAGUGUGUGUUAACUGCACAAAUACUCACAGCCUCUGGGAUUUUGCAGUUGUUGAUCUUGUUUUUUUUUCCUGGUGGGUCAAUAUCAAAUGAUAUUAAACUCACAUUUACCUCUGACGGCCUCGGCCACCCAAAGACCCGGAGGUUAAAGUCCAACUCUCAAAGUGUCGGAUUGUAAGAGAAGUGAGCCACUGUAAAACCAGCUGGAGUCUUGUGAAUGGAGAAUAUCGGCUCAUGUUUUUUCUUCCCCCCCACACAAACAAACAACAGCCCAAAUUAAUUAUUAAUCAUCUUCUCCUAAUAGGUAGUUGUGCCUGUAACUCCCCAAUGCAAUGUGUAGGGUAGAAAGCAAGCUUUGUAAGAAGAAGAAGAGAAAAAGAAAAGAAAAAGUAAACAGGAGUGAAGCGGAUUUGUCGUUCUUGUUUGUGAUUUAGGUAUUUGCUGCUAAUCUGCCAUGAAAACCAUUCUGGCAUGAAAGCCUGUUUGAUUAACCUUACGAAGGCUUAAUGAUGUUGACCAUGUUCCCUAGACCACUGUUGCACUGAGGAGAAAAAUAUAAUAUCUGACAAACAUUUAUGUUAUCUUAAUGGAAAUCAAAUGGGUAGCCCAGUUUUCUCUUUAUCAAUGAAACAGAAACUCUUAUUGUGAAAAGCCUCGGGCUCUGAAGCUUUUCCUAAAGUCACUAUCCCGUCCAAAGUCACUCCCCCAGCGGCUCGAACGGAGCAAACCACAGUAUUUGACAGCUCCGAAAAAUGCAUGUAAUGAAAAUAGAUCAUCAACCUGAUUAUUGACCUCAGUGAUCUCUCACCGUCUCAUACAGUUUACAGUUGCUUGUGUAAAAGUCACUUUUCUGCCCUCUCAUCGUCACGUCCGUCAGCUUCUCUCUAAAGGUCGCUACUAGAGCCAGGGAGAGCACGAGCAAAGAGACUGCACGUGCGCUUGCUGAUGUAACGACAUUAUUGGCUAACUCACGCUGUUUGUUUGGAUCUACCUUCAGUGUCACAUGACUAUUUCUGUACCUCUCCUUAAACCCUCCACAUACGGGGCUACAGAGCUGAAACCGCUUGGUGUGAUAGACAUUUCUAGGAGCCACUGUUGUAGAUAACAUUGUUCAUGUUUAAAGCCGGUUCCGACAUGACAAAACUGACUGUACAGAUUUCUUUAUGCAUUUUGUGUGUUCUGGUUUAUGAGGGAAUUGUUUUGUAAGAAAAAAAUCGAAUUAAAUAUAUUGUAAAAACCA